AUGCAAGAGCUUCUCGAUUAAUUCAUAGAACUAUUAAAAUAGACAGAUGAAGCCAUAAAGAAUAAAAUUAGAGCACUAACAAAUAAUAAUGUUGAUUUUCAGGUUCCAAAUAAUAAGUGGGAUGAAGCUUCAGUCAAAUUAUUAAAAUUGCUAAUUUAGACCUAUUGUAUAGAUCAAUAGAUUAGUCAUCAUUAAGUUCCAGAUGAUAUUUGGAGCUUAAUAUCCUAACUUGUGAAGAAAUCUACCAUAGAUUGCAAAUUGUAAUUUGGGACUAGGAAAAAAAUAAGAUUACUUCAAUAAUAGUGGUCAAAAAAGGAGGAUGAAGCAUUAAAAGAAAUCUGUUUUUCGUACUAAGCAUAGAAUAAACCAUAUAAGUGGAGUGAAAUUGCAAAAGAAUUAGCUUAAAAAUUAAAUCAAUAGAAUGUUAAAUUGACCAAAUUUGUAAGAGAUCGAUGGCUAAACAAGUUAAAUCCUAACAUUUAAAAAGGUCCUUGGGAAAAGAAUGAAGAAUAUGAAUUAUGCAAAUAGGUGUUGAAACAUGGAAAAAAUUGGAUGAGUAUUGCAUUAGAGAUGAAAAAUUAAAGAACAGAAAGCUCGAUAAAGAAUAGAUAUUUUAAUAUAUUGAAAAAGCUGGAGAAAUAGGAAGUUCCAAUAUUAAGUAAAGCAGACAUAGAAAAAGAGCUGGAAAAAUUAUAUUCAAAUUAAAUUGAAAAAUUGGAUUAAUUUGGAUAAUAAGAAAUUAGUUUUAUUUUAUAUUCAUUAAGGAAUCUGGAACCAAAAAUAACAAAAGCCAAGUAGGAAUUUGAGGCAGAUAAGAAUGUAUAAAAGAAAAGCAAUGUGAGUACUUAAAAUAAUGGAUCAAAAAAAUUAUUAAAAGCAGCAGAAAAAGACUAAAAAUUGCAUGCAAACAACAUAGUUAAGAAAGUUCUUUAAUAAUACAAUUAAGAUGAAAAUCUUGAUUACAAUAAAAUGAAAGAGCAUUAUUAAGAUGUAGUAGCUUAAAAAGGGGACACUUUAGAAUUGGAUGAAGAACCCAUAAGCGAUUCUGAUAACCUAUCAGAAGUGUAAUUUGCAGUAAUGGGAAAGGAUUCAUAAAAUUUACAUCUCAUUCCUAAAUCAUAGCUAAAAGCUGUCAUGGAAUUGAUGAAACAAAAAAAAGAAUAAAAAAAAGAAGUGUAACAAUCACUAAGUAAAAUUUAAUCUCUUCCACCACCUCUUCCAAAGUUAGAAUAAAAACUAUAAUAGUCUCAGUAAUAAUCAUCUUAACAAUAAUAGUAGAAUCAAUAAUAGGUUUCUUAAUAAAUUUCACAAUCUCCUUAACAAUAAAUUCCAGUUUAAAUGCCUAUGGUUUAGUCAAUUAUGCAACCAGUUGCUAUGCAGGCUCCAGUGAUACCAAUACAAUAAUAACUUUAAGGGUAGUAAUAGUAACCUUAACAAUAAUAGUAAUCUUUACAACAACAAUAAUAAUAAUAGCAAUAAUAAUAACAAUAACAACAAUUAUAAUUAUAAUAGUAACAAUAAUAAUACUAUUAACUUGUCUAUCCUUCAAAUUUUAUGUAUCCAUAAGUUUAGAUGGCUUAGGUAGCUUAAAUACCAAUAAUGCCAGGCUAAAUGAUGGGAUAAAUUCCAGGUUAAAUGAUUGGAUAAAUGCCUGGGCAAAUGGUUAGUUAAAUUCAAGGACAGAUUCCAGGAUAGAUGGUUGGUUAGCUUCCAAGUUAGAUGAUAGGUCAAAUUCCAGGAUAAAUGGGUUAAAUGGUUGGCUAAAUUCCGAAUCCGAUGGUAGGGUAGAUUCAAAAUUAGAUGGUUGGCUAAAUUCCAACUUAGAUGGUUUCUGCCAUUCCUGGAUAGAUGCCCUAAAUUAUUUCUCAACUCUAGCCCUAAAUGAUGUAGCAAGUCUAAGGUUAACUUCCAUAAAUGGUUUAGCCUGGGUAAAUGGCCACAAUGUAAAAUGGAUAAAUGUAGAUGCCUCAAAUGGCACAAAUUCCUUAACUUGCCUAAAUGCCCUUAUAGUCCCUUCCUUUGACUGCAACACAACCUGUAGGGAUGCCGCAACAAUUUAUUCCAAUAUUAUAUGCCCCUUAACCAGUAUAUUAAUAACAAUAACAAGCUUAAGGAUAAUCGAAUCAAUAAUAAAAGACCAAUUAAUAGUAAUAAUAAGUUCCGAUUAUGAAUUAUUAAAUUCCAAUGAUGCCUCAAUACUAGGAUCAGUUUUUCUAGUUAAUGAAUAUGAACUAACCAAAUUAGUAAAAGCAGCCUAAGUAUUCAUAAGUAAAAUAGGAGACAGAAGAGCAUUAAUAACAACAAUAAUAAAAUCGUAAAUGA